CUAAACUAGAAGUCGCAGAAAGAAAUAUCACAGUCCAGCACUUUAUUAGUUUUCCUAUGUCUGUGGGACUAGAACCCGGUUUCUGUAGCGAUGAGGUGUUUUUUAGCCAGUUUCCCGUUCACCGCGCCUGUCGGGAUGGAGACGUAGCCGCUUUGAUCUCACUGUUGCAGCAACUGUCAAACGAGGGUCAUCUGACGGCUGAGGACUCCUGCUAUGGAUGGACCCCACUGCACUGGGCUGCUCACUACGGACAGCUGGAGUGUUUGGUGCACCUGGUGCAGAUGGGAUGUGAGGUGAACACAGCGACCAGCCGCUUCAACCAAACACCGACACACACUGCUGCAUUUGGAGGACAUCCUCACUGCGUAGUGUGGCUGACUGAGGCUGGAGCUGACAUCAACAAGCAGGACUGUGUUGGUGAGGCUCCCAUUCACAAGGCAGCCCGCUCAGGUAGCUUGGAGUGUAUCCAGGUGCUGAUGAUAGCAGGCGCUAAACUGCAGUUAAGGAACGCCAGUGGGCAGACGGCAGCAGAUCUGGCCCACGCUCACGGCUUCCACGACUGUUUCUGCUUCAUCUCUGACGGCCGCACUCACCUGCAGCCGCUCGGCGGAGUCCACCUGAAUAUUGUGCCAGACGGAGAUGGCUGUGGUCAGGGUCUGCUCAGCAGGAAGAGGCCACUGACCGCCACAGAGCCUUGUCACGUGAAAAAAGCCAGGAGAGCUGAGGCUGUGACGGUGCAGAUUCAGAGCAGCUCUGGGGAGGAGGUGGAGAACAUGAACCUGGAGCUCAGCUCAGAUGACAACACCAAAGCAGUCAUGAAUGGACGCCAUCACACACUCCCACCAACUGAGCUAGCCGAUAGCCUCGCCUCACCACCGUCACCUCCAGGAGGAACACCUCCUCAGCGGGCUUCAGCUGAAAUGUGUGGCUCGCUGCAUCUGACCGAAAGUCCUAGCAGCUCCAUAUUCCACCGGCCUGAAUGGUGGAGGCCGACAGGAGCAGACUGCGGAGAUUUCCUGCACUACGGACACCACCACGGCUUCGGAGACACAGCGGAGGACCUGAGCGACAGCAGCUACCUCCUACACAACGGCUACAAGCAACCAGCAGCCAGCACCAUCAACCUCUAUCACGGAUCAUGAGCGUCCUGCAAGUUAGGGAAAGAUUACCCAUCAGUAUUUUUGGAAGUAAUCCUUUUAUGCCAUUUAAAUAUCCAGGAAAUGUUAAUCCCGUUUCUUUGAAAUCGACCUGACUUUAAUAGCUUUAUACUGCACCGCAUGGCCUUCAUCAGCAGGUGUGGAGCUGGAGGUAGAAAGAUCAGGAACAUCAGAUUAUUCAUUCCCCACCAAAGAAAGAAAAACGUGUCCCUAAACAAUUCAAACGGUCUUAAUUGUGUGGUGAAAAUAUGUUGCUGUAAUUUGGAGCAACUAAAUCAAUGUUCUAGUUUAGAUGGUGAUGUGAAUGACCAGGGAAAUAAAUGGAAAGUUGAUUUAUUAAGGGAAAAAAACAGGACAAAAAAAAACUGAUUACUUUUUCUUUUUGUGAUCAGGUACUUCUUCUGUAUUAACGUAGAUGAUUGUACUGAGGAUGAGUUUAUUCAGAAUCGUAGCAUUUUUAGUCCUUUCUGAGCACUGACACUGAAAAGUCUGGAUCUACCAAAGGGAAUAUUUGAUAUGUUUGGAUAAGUUCUGACCUGAAAUAACGUGUUAUUUAUGCUCUGGAGCAGGUGAACGCCUUUACUCUAUUGAGCUGUUCUCAUGCUUUUGUAACGCUAACGUGAGGGAAUGUGAAUGUGUGCCGAAACCUGCCUUAUGAAGCUAGUUUUCUACUUUGUCCCGGUUUGUUAAAUAAAACUAUUUUACCUUUUUAA